AUGCCGACAAACAACGCAGAUUUCGCCCUCUCCAAUGUCUUCAACGUCAAGGACAAGGUGGCCGUUAUUACCGGCGGUGGCUCCGGGCUGGGCCUGAUGGCCGCUCAGGCUCUAGCGGUUAACGGCGCGAAGGUCUACAUCGUCGGCCGCACUGAAGCGAAGCUGCAGCGCGCAGCGGCAGCUCACGGACAAGGCAUCAGCGGCUCCAUCAUCCCCCUACAGGGAGACGUCUCGCAAAAAGACGACAUCCGGCGUCUUGUUCAAGAACUCAGCAAGCGACAGCAGUGGGUGGACAUUCUGAUCAACAAUGCCGGCAUCUACAGCAACGAGCAGAAGGCCCGAGGCGCCAGCGCGCAAGAGGUGAAGCAGAACCUGUUCGAGGCGGACAACGCAACCUUUGCGAACUGGACCGAUGUCUAUGCUACCAACGUCGCCGCCGUGUACUUUGUCACGACGGCCUUUCUUCCCCUCCUGCAGCGGGCAAGUGACGAGCGGCCCGGUGUCGCGAGCACCGUCAUCAACAUAUCGUCCAUCAAUGGCUUGAUCAAGGAAUCCCUGAGCCGGUUCGCGUCAAAUGCCGCCAAGGCAGCUACCAUUCACCUGACCAAGAUGCUAGCUGUCGAAAUUGCAAACUGCAAACUGUCCAUCAGGGUCAAUUCCAUUGCACCGGGCUUGUUCCCCAGCGAGAUCACCACGGGUACAAGUGAUGAGUGCCAGAAAUCGCCCCCUCUGCCGGCGGGCACCUGUGCCGAGAUAUCGGCUGGGAGGCCUGGCAAUGAUGUGGACAUGGCGAGUGCGAUUCUCUUUGCCGCUACGAACCAAUACCUCAACGGACAGAUCAUAGUUGUGGAUGGAGGCUACCUGGUUAAAUAUGGAACGCUGUAG